UUCCUGAAUGUUAUAGGGCAUGAUUGAUUAUUCAAUAUGUAUGUUUAAGAAUGAUUAAAUUUUAUGGUGAUACACGAAAACCUGUGAGGUUAUGAAGGGUUGGUGUCAAUGUAUCAAAGUCCACACGAUUGAUUGUUUCAUGGUCAGCGCUGUUUGCCGGAAGUUCAACACCACUUCAAAAAUCUCGUCGUUUGCAUUGACAAAAAAUAACUCAGUGCUCUCUUUCCCCUUCAGCCAACUCUCUCAACUGUUCUCAUUAUUUUAAUGCCUACUUGCAUUCGUCAUAGACUAAUUUAUCCUAUAUGUAAAAAAAAGUACAAAUAGAAUUUAUUUUGAUAGAUUUGGGUUGCCCAGUUCCAGGUUUGAAGAUUUACGGCUAAUGCGGAUCCACUUCCAUAAGUUGAGUUGACCUUCACAUCUCAAACUAAACUAUUACUAGAUCUUUUCCAUCUAAGGGGAAGCCUUGAUAGUAUUUGCAGCAAGAAGACUGUAAUGGCAGUCGCAAUCAGUUUACUACUUGUGGCUUCAUUGCUUGGUUCAUCCUGUGGUUGUCAUUUUCCAGCUAUUUACAACUUGGGGGAUUCAAAUUCCGACACCGGAAGUGUCUCCGCAACAUUCGGUCGGGUUCCCUGGCCUUGCGGUGAGUCCUUUUUUGGUAAACCUGCUGGUCGGUAUUCUGAUGGGCGUCUCAUAAUUGAUUUUAUAGCUAAUGAGUUGAAAUUGCCAUUCUUGAGUGCGUACCUUGAUGCAAUCGAUUCAAACUUCAGACAUGGAGCGAAUUUUGCAGCAAGUGGAUCGACGAUUCAACCAGCCAAUAACAAAUUAUUUGGUACUGGUUUUAACCCCUUAUCUCUUGUUAUACAGCUCUUGCAGUUCCAACAACUUAAAGAGCGCACCAAUGAGCUUUAUGAUCAAGCCAAGAAUCCAGAUAUUACAGAUAGGCUCCCUAGGCCAGAGGAGUUUUCAAAGUCCCUUUACAUAUUAGAUUGUGGACAAAAUGAUCUGCAUUAUGGCAUUAUAACGAGUACAGAGGAUCAGGUUAAGGCAUUCAUUCCCACUAUAAUCAAUCAGUUUGCUGCAGCAGUAGAGAAGCUGUUUCAACAAGGAGCAAGAGUGUUUUGGAUACAUAAUACAGGUCCCAUUGGCUGCUUGCCUACUGUCAUCAUAAAUUUCCCUCCAAAGCCUGGGAAUGUGGACCAAGCAGGCUGCAUUAAGUCCUACAACGAGUUGGCUCAAGAAUUCAACAAGCAGCUUAAAGACACAGUUUCUCAACUUAAGGCCAAGCUCCCUGGUGCAAGGCUUAUAUAUGUCGAUAUCUACUCGGCUAAAUUUUCUCUAAUUAGUGAAGCCAAUAAAUAUGGCUUUGUUGAUCCUUUUGUUAACUGUUGCGGCGACCAUCAUGUGGAAUGUGGGAAGACGGCAGUGGUGAAUGGUACUGAAAUCUUUGGGGCUUCAUGCAGUGAUCCUUCAAAACAUAUUAGUUGGGAUGGCAUUCAUUAUACUGAAGCUGCAAACUAUUGGGUGGUCAAUAGGAUUUUGGAUGGCUCUCUCUCAGAUCCCCCUCUUCCUAUUACCAAAGCUUGUCUAUAACCUCACAUAUCCUGUCCUGUAUCAAAGAAUAAACCUCAUUUAUGUAAUAAUAACAAAAUAAAUUCGAUUAUUUAUACUAUUCACAAACUAGUUAAAAAAAUUUCCAUUGAA